UGCUAGUGUUAGGCUAGCUAAAGACAAAGACUUGUUUACUUUUCAUUCAUUCAUGCAUAAAAGAUAGUUGGAAGUUUCAGCGGACAUUUGAGAAUUUUUAAAUUCAACAAUGAGCAAGAGGAAAGCGCCGCAGGAAUCCCUAAAUGAGGGAAUAACAGACUUUCUUGUCGAACUGGCCAACUACGAGAAAAAUGUCAACAGGGCGAUACACAAGUCCAAUGCUUACAGGAAAGCAGCAUCUACCAUUUCCAAGUACCCCACCAAGAUUAGAAAUGGUGAAGAGGCCAAGAAACUGGAUGGUGUUGGAGCUAAAAUAGCCGAAAAGAUUGAUGAGUUCCUACAAACUGGGAAGCUACGGAAGCUGGAAAAGAUUCGAAAUGAUGACACCAGCUCUUCAAUCAAUUUUCUCACUAGAGUAACUGGAAUUGGCCCCGCUGCCGCCAGGAAGUUUUUUGAAGAAGGGGUGAAGACAUUAGAAGAUUUGAAAAAGAUCGAGCACAAGCUAAACCAUCAUCAGCAGAUCGGACUCAAGUAUUUUGAGGAAUUUGAGAAAAGGAUUCCACGAGCUGAGAUGGAACAGAUGGAGACUCUUAUUGUUGGAGAGCUGAAGAAGGUCGAUACAGAAUAUAUUGGAACAAUCUGUGGAAGUUACAGGAGAGGUGCAGCAUCCAGUGGUGAUAUUGAUAUUUUGCUGACCCACCCAGACUACACCUCUCAGACUGAGAAACAACCCAAGCUCCUCCAUGCCGUGGUCGAACAUCUGGAGUCCGUUGGGUUUGUGACCGAAACUCUGUCCAAAGGAGACACCAAGUUCAUGGGAGUUUGCCAACUGCAACAGAGUGAUGAAGAUGAGGAGAAAUUCCUUAACCGGCGUAUUGAUAUAAGGUUAAUUCCCAAGGACCAGUACUACUGCGGUGUGUUGUACUUCACUGGAAGCGAUAUCUUCAAUAAGAACAUGAGAACUCAUGCUUUGGAGAAGGGCUUCACUCUUAAUGAGUACACCCUACGACCACUUGGAGUCACUGGUAUAGCAGGGGAGCCUCUGUUGGUGGAUAGCGAGAGAGACAUCUUUGAGUACAUCCAGUAUAAAUACAGGGAGCCCAAGGACCGCAGCCAGUGAAGCAAAUCACAGCUUUGAUGCAAACAAGACGUGGAGCAUGUUUACAAAUUGUGUACUCGUUAAUAUACCAUUCAACUUUGUUAUCGGAAGAAAUACUAUGAAAGUAAUUUUAAGUGUCUGGACAUUUUUUUCUGUCUUUAAACUAUUAUUAUGCUCACCAUCUGUGAUAUUUUAAACAUACACAUACAAACACACAGAAAUGAUCUCUGAAGACUUUGGGGCUUGUUUUUAAAAAUCAAUCUUUUAAAUCAUGUUCAACAAUACUUCUUACCUCCCACACUACUUUUUUAAUUUAUAUACUAAAAAGGGAUUUUUGGAUGUCCUUACAACAGUCUACAGACAAGCAGUCUUGAUGUUGGCUGGCUUCUGUUACAGUCACUACCAUUAUGUUUGUUGCCAAUAUUUUGCUGUAAAAUUGUUUUUCUUAAAAAUAGUGCUCUUAAAAAUAAGCAGUUGGCUGCAUGGUGCAAAGAUGUGCUAAUGUAUGGUUGUUUCACAUUUUGAAAACACAGCAGAAUAAAUGUUUUUCUCCUUAACUGUGUAAAUGUAUGGCGUGUCAUUUUGAAGCCUAACAUAUUUCUGAUCAGGUCUGGGCAAGUAAAUGAAUUUGUGGUUGUACUGUUAAAUUCAAGUGGGUAAUAAAUAAGACCUAGACUGUUAGGUAUUUCAACCAAAAUGCAUUUUAACAUUGAUAACUGUGUAAAUAUGACUGUUAUGCUGGUAGAUUUGAUAAAUAUUUUAUUUGGUUUUGUGAAAAUGAUUGUGUUUUUUAGGUCAGAAAAUGAUUGUAUCUUCAGGGAAAAAACAGUAGAUACAAUAAAGUCAGGUUACUGUGAAAGAAAUGCUAAAGUAUAUCCUGGUGAUACAGAUUUCAAUCAGUAAUACACCAUUUAAAUAUUAGGUUCAGGAGGUUCAUGUAGUUAUGUAUGUGGAUGGUUGUGAAUAAAGAAUUGUA